AUGGACCUUUAUUACCUUGAGAAGUGUCGUUCUUAUGUUCUAAGUGAUCACUCAUAUGCUCAGUCAAGUUCCUUGGCAGAUGCUAUGGAUAAUGAUGAAACCAUUUUGAUCAAUGAACCCAGUCUGGGAGUUCCUUGCGACUCGAAUUCUUGGAUUGACAUCGGUGAUGCCUCCUGUCAACCAUGGUUAAUUCCCAGUGGUGUGUCGUUGGAGAGCCAUUCAAAGGAUUUUUGUUCACCCAGCCCGUUUCGUGAUGAAUACCGUACCAAUCACACAAAUUGGAUUGUCAGUCGAACGGCGAUACGGAAUAAAAUCCUGCGAUUGUUGGAAAAAUGCGUCCUGCAGGAGUCUACUGACAACAGCCGAUUCACAGACUUAUCUGACACCGCCUGUCUGCAGAGGCGGCGAGCAACGAGACAGCUCAGAUUAAGGCGGAUUGCUCGUGGACUGCGAAAGGCAUUUGCUUCUUUUGCAUGGGGCCUUGAGAACUGUUUUUCCCUGCAUCACUGGUGUCUCACACGUCUUACUCCUGAGCUGUUACGGAUGUACUGCGAUGGAUUCAUCGAACUUUGGAAUCAAAACAAGGUAAGGGCCCUGCUGAUUGAACUGAACAGGAUGUUUAUGGACCGCGAGCCACUGUCCCUCCGUGCUUCCCCCGGUUCUCCACUGCAUGGACUACUGGGCACGACAUCCGACUUCGUCGCCGCACCCAACAGACUCCAUUCGAUCAUGUCCGGCCUAACGACCAGAUCCGCGUCAAAUUCAUCGACUGCCGCUUUUCGCCGAUUAGGCUGUUCAGAAAACGUCAGCGACCUACCAAUUCUAGCCUGCUUGACAUUUCCGGCUCAUCCAAGUAGCAGUCGCCUGUGCUACAUUCUCAACGAACUUAAUUCUGUCGGAAGAGUCAGUCUGGAGUCUCCCGAGGAACAUGCUUGCGAGAUGAUGCGAUUGCGGUUGCGUCUUUACAUACGACGUGUUCUUGCAUUGCUGGAGGACCCGAAACGGUAUCCAGUGUAUUUGGUCGGAUUUGGAAUUGGCUGCAUUUUGAUUCUUCUGGCCCUGUUACAUAUGCAGUCAAUGGACAUUCGCGGUGAGCGGCCGAGGAUUACUGGAGUGAUCUGCAUUGGCAUGCCUUUGAUUGGGCUGAAAGGCGCCAGAGGUUGUUCCACAGAUCCUUUGCUCGGACUGCCUGAACUGCCGAUGCUGUUCAUAAUUGGUUCAAAGAGCCGCUUGGGUGGACAGAAGCAAAUGUCAUACUUCAGAAAUCAACUCAUAUUAGCCCAACAACGCGCCCGCGAGUCUAGCAGUGAUUUCGAUCGUACAGACGGAAUCCGACCUCAUGUGUCCACCAUACUCAAUUCAGGAAGGGUAAUCGUACCUGACAAUACAUCACGAAGUUGGCGAAAUUCGUCUCUGAUACAGGUAACGACGGUCGGAGGAGCGGAUCACUUGUUACGCCUACGACCGUCCUCUUGCGCUCGCCGGUGCCUCACGCAAGAACUUGUCGACAAACGCAUGGUAGCUUCCGUGGAACGCUUCAUACAUCGAAAUGAGCGAUGGUUCCAGUUUCCACUGACGGAGUACACCACAAGUGAAUCAGAUGCUUCCAAUUCUCCUUUCGAAUUGAAUCGACCACAACAUUCAACAGCUAUGUAUAAUUCAACUGGAAGGAAUUCGUCGCCGCAAUUGUUUCCACUCUCAACCCCUAUUUUGCCAAUCACCGAUGGCUCCGGGCAAUCCCAUUUACUGAAUAACCGCAAGAUGUACUCGUAUGGUCGACAAGAUCAACAGGGAUGCGCGCAAACAAGACAUGUUGGCUUACGUCCCGACUGA